GUUGUAACAGUGAACCACAGCAGAGUGAAAAACGCGCGGUUGUGUAGUUUGUCCCAUGCGGCUCCCUGUAGAUGAUCGGUGCUGUCAUGUCUGCUUCCUUCAUGUCUCUGCACAGAUGUUACCAGCGGUCGGCUCUCCUCUUCGCUGCCAGGCGACUGCUGAGCUCCAGCUCUGUGUCUGCACCUCCUCUGCACAGGAGACUGCUCCUCUACCUCACCCAGCGUUUCUAUGACGUAGAGAUGGUCUUGAGCUGGAGGUCUCAAAGGAAGAGGAUGGGGAUUGACAAGAAGAAUGCUUAUUAUGGCUACACUGAGAAGUAUCAUGGGCCGGACUUAGCAGCAGCUUUUUACAUCCUGAGUAUGAAAGGUGGUUUCAGGUAUGUUGGCCAGUCAGAGUGGUUCCACACAGACCGCAGAGGCAAGUUCAACUGGGACUUCUUGAGUCACAAAGACACACAACUACAAGACAUAAACAUGAGCCACACACUUAUCAACUACAGAGGACUGGAGAACCUGGAGGGGCAGCGAUCUUUGCGGACACUAUCGUUACAAGGAUGUCUUGAGGUGGACGACUGGUUCCUCGCCAGGCUCCACAUCUUCCAGGACUCUCUUGAGGAACUUGACAUCUCCCACUGUCCUCGCAUCACUUCAGGUGGCCUGGCUGGACUCAGGAAUCUCAAGGGACUGAAGCGACUGGAUGUGUCAUCCCUCCCUAACAUAUCCUCUCCUGGGUUGGUGGUUAUCCUGCUGGAGGAGAUGUUACCACAGUGCCAGAUCACAGCAAAUGGUUAUAACUUCAGCCUGAGACGGGAGGGUGAAGUUGAAAGAGAGGAACACAUGCAGGGGCAGAGGUAGGGAAUGGAAGACUCAAGGGACUCAUUUGGAAAAGAAUAAUCCUCAGAGGAGCAGGUUAUCGGAUCACUGUGGUCUGAAAUAAAAGACAAUGAUGGAGCAACAAACCUCCAGAGAAAACAUCUGGCAUAAGAAGAGAGGACGUGAAAAUUCAGAGUUUCUUAGUUUUAGUUUUAACCAAGCCAGUUUGGUUACGACUGACUUCAGCACAGGAUUUGACACAGAUGACCUGCCUGGACUGACCCGGUUUUGGAUUUUAUUAGAGACUAGAAACCUAAAAUAAAGCAUUCACCCUGGUCGCAUGCACACAGUCACAAGCACAGAAGAAAAAAAUUAUCUUUCUUUUCUUUUUCUGCAAGAAUAAAUUGCAUUAAUAUUUGACAGUUUGUGACAAA